CUGCUUUGUUUAAUAUUCUAAGUAUGGUUAGUUCGUAGAAGGGUCACUGUUCUAUCUCUCUCCCUUCGCUCCUCAUCUCCUAUAUUAUAUAUAUGGGAGCCCUCCAAGAACUAUACACACACACACAGAGGUGAAAUUUGUGUUCAAUUAGAGAAAGAUUAAUGGAGGCAUGGAGAGGAUUAUUUUUGGUAAUGGUGAUGAUGAUAGUCAUGGAGAGAGGAGAAGGGCAAUUAGUAGAGAAUUUCUACAGCUCAAGUUGUCCGAACGUGGAAAGCAUCGUGAAUCAGGUGGUAUCUACAAAGUUCAGCCAGACGUUCACCACAGCUCCGGCCACACUUCGCUUAUUCUUCCAUGACUGUUUUGUUGAGGGAUGCGAUGCCUCGAUUAUGAUUUCGUCACCGAAUGGGGAUGCAGAAAAGGAUGCUCCAGAUAAUCUCUCCCUCGCAGGAGACGGUUUCGAUACUGUGACCAAGGCAAAACAAGCAGUCGAAGCAGUGUGCCCUGGGGUAGUAUCAUGUGCUGACAUCUUGGCAAUUGCUAGCAGAGAUGUUGUAGUCCUGGCUGGAGGUCCUUCCUUCAGUGUAGAGUUGGGACGUCGUGAUGGACUAGUCUCCCAGGCAUCUGAUGUUGCUGGAAAUCUUCCAGGGCCUUCCUUCAAUCUCAAUCAACUAAACACCAUAUUUGCCAAGAACAAUCUUACGCAGUUUGAUAUGAUUGCGUUAUCUGGGGCUCACACUGUCGGCUUUUCCCACUGCAACCGCUUCGCAAAUCGUCUCUACUCAUUCUCUUCAUCCUCUCCUGUGGACCCUUCACUGGACUCAAGCUAUGCUCAGCAGCUGAUGCAAGCAUGUCCUCAGAAUGUAGAUCCCAGCAUCGCUGUUGACAUGGAUCCUGUGACCCCACGAACUUUUGACAAUGUCUAUUACCAGAAUCUCAUUGGAGGGAAGGGUCUGUUCACUUCAGAUGAAGUGCUCUUCACCAACACAGCGUCUCAGUCAACUGUCAAUGAUUUUGCUAAAAACUCGAAUGAGUUUAACGGUGCAUUUGCCACUGCAAUGAAGAAGCUUGGCCGGGUGGGAGUCAAGACUGGUAGCCAAGGACAGAUCAGAAUAGAUUGCACAAGCUUCAAUUCGUAAGGGCAAGCUUCAUGCUAAACCUUGGAACACAAAGAGACAUAUGAAAUAAGACCCGUAAAGAAAUUAUCACAAUCAUCUAUUUUGUAGAUACAGGUGGGUUAUCUAAUAAUUUUCAGUCCACAAUUAUAUAUUUCAGAGUUCAGAAAUAACUUUUUUUUCUCCUAAAAAA